AUGGCUGUAUUCUUGUAGUACUCUUUUAAAUAUAUGCUAUUAAUAUCUUCAACUAUUUUGGAUUCUGCAAAAAGCCUACCAAUGAAGCCUAAAGUUAAUAACACAUUCAGUAUUGGUAAAAACUACGCAAGCACUUAAGUUAUCAACGGGUAUUAUAUUUUGCUAAUAACUUACAUUUAGUCAAGUAAAAAUUAAAAUUAUCCAUAACCUGUAAAUCCAGAUUUAACCAAGAUAUUAUCUUAGGUAUAAUAUGUUGUUAGUCGCUUAUAACUAACAACAUCUAUAGUUGUAUUAGAAUCUUGA